AUGUUGUCCGAAUUUUGUUCUGAGUGCGGCACAGUGCUUCCAAUACCAGCUACCGCUCCCGUUACCAUUACGUGUAGCUACUGCCGAACGCAAUGGCAUAUCAAACCUAUUCGAAACAAACUGGUGUAUAGGUCCGAGAAAGUAUACCAGAAUCGUGUGCUGAAUGCCAACGAAGGUGCACUGGAAAACCCUGUUGUUGAUAAAAUAUGUGAUAAAUGUGGCCAUGGCAAGAUGAGUUAUGCAUGUAGACAAACACGAUCUGCUGAUGAAGGACAAACAGUAUUUUAUAUGUGUUUGAAAUGCAAUUAUAAUAUGGUGGAAAAUGCAUGA